CACACAUGCUUUGAGGGUUUUCUCUCUUUUCUUCUUCCUUCCUCCUUUCCUCAUUCAUUCUCUUUUGCUCUCUCUCUUCCCUCCUAUCAUCACGCCCACCGGCCACCGCCUCCUUCCAAUCUAUCAAUCCCCCAUUCCUCCUUCCUCAAUGUACUCCAAGAAUGUUCACCCGAACUAAUUCCUAUUCCAAUAAGCUCAAGAUUUCCACCGGAUACUUGUGAAAGGGCCAAUAAGUGCCCUCUCUUCCCUAAGCUCUCUGGGUUUGGGAAAGCCUUGAAUUUGCCUCCUAACUAUUGCUGGCUGUGGCAUCCAAUUUAUCGGGUUAUCUGUAUCUACAGUGGGUGGCAAUUGUAGAUUGCAGAAAUCUUCAAUUGUUGAUAUUGGUUUGUCUCUUCCUUGCGUGUGUUCUAUGUAUAAUAAUUUCUUUUGUUGGCUUACGGUCAGUGGCGGUUUCAGAUGAAAUGUUAUUGGGGAAAUUUGUUGUGGGGUUUUAAAGUUUGAAGGUUUCCUUGUGGUCUGAAGGAUUGCGUUUUUGUUGUUUGGCUUGUGAGUGAGUUUUGUAGGGCUUCUGCGAUAUUUGAGGCCCCAAGCUAUAAGGAACUCGCCAUCCUUUGCGAGUGAUAGUAGAACCUCGAGACUAUGAGUCGUCGGGUGCGGCAGAAAGUGGCAAAGAAGGGUAAAGAGAAGGUGGUUAUCCCUUGCUAUCCGGAGGUUGAAGAUGACGUUGUUUCACAUCCUGAGAGGGACGAGGUUGUUGUUGAUUGGACAGGCUUACCUGAUGACACAGUAAUUCAACUGCUUUCAUGUUUGAAUUACCGUGACAGAGCAAGCCUGUCGUCAACAUGUCGGACAUGGAGGGUUUUAGGUGCUUCUCCAUGCUUGUGGAGUUCCUUGGAUAUGCGUGCUCAUAAAUGUGAUGCUUCGAUGGCAGUUUCCCUUGCUUCUAGGUGUUCAAGUCUCAAGAAGCUUAGAUUUCGAGGUGCUGAGACUGCGGAUGCUAUAAUACAUAUUCAAGCCAGGAACUUGAAGGACAUAAGUGGUGAUUACUGUAGGAAAAUAACAGAUGCAACUCUAUCUGUGAUUGUGGCUCGCCAUGAGGCACUUGAAAGCCUCCAACUUGGACCAGACUUCUGUGAGAGCAUUAGUAGUGAUGCCAUUAAAGCUGUAGCUUUUUGCUGUCCUAAACUGAAGAAACUCCGCCUCUCUGGUAUCAGGGAUGUUUCUGGUGAUGCAAUAAAUGCUUUGGCUAAGCACUGUCCAGAAUUGUCCGACAUUGGCUUUCUCGACUGUCUCAUGGUUGAUGAGGCGGCUCUUGGGAAUGUUGAAUCUGUUCAUUUUCUAUCAGUUGCUGGGACAUCAAAUAUGAAAUGGGGGGUAGUUUCUCAUCUCUGGACUAGGCUGCCUAAACUGAUUGGGUUGGAUGUUUCAAGAACUGAUAUUGGACCAGCUGCUGUUUCGAGAUUGUUGUCAUCAUCUCCGACCUUGAAAGUCAUGUGUGCGCUAAAUUGCUCUGCUCUUGAAGAAGACACAACAUUUAGUGCUGACAGAUAUAGAGGCAAAUUGUUGCUUGCCCAGUUCACAGACAUCUUUAAGGGGAUAGCGUCUUUAUUUGCCGACAGUACAAAGAAACUGAAAAAUGUUUUCGUAGAUUGGAUGGAUGCAAAUCAAAAGGAUAAAAACUUGCGAGAUAUAAUGACUUGGCUGGAGUGGAUUCUUUCUCAUACACUUUUGCGCACAGCUGAGAGCAACCCACAAGGUUUAGAUAACUUCUGGCUCAAGCAAGGUGCCGCGAUCUUGCUCAGGUUAAUGCAGAGUUCCCAGGAAGAUGUUCAAGAGCGAGCAGCCACAGCACUAGCUACUUUUGUUGUCAUUGAUGAUGAAAAUGCUAGCAUAGAUUGUGGAAGAGCUGAGGCAGUAAUGCAAGAUGGAGGCAUACGUUUACUUCUGGACCUUGCCAAAUCCUGGCGUGAAGGCCUUCAGUCAGAGGCUGCUAAGGCUAUAGCAAACCUGUCGGUCAAUGCAAAUGUUGCUAAAGCUGUAGCAGAAGAAGGUGGGAUCGAAAUCCUGGCAGGCUUGGCAAGAUCCAUGAACAGGCUUGUUGCUGAGGAAGCUGCUGGUGGACUUUGGAAUCUUUCGGUUGGAGAGGAACACAAGGGUGCUAUUGCUGAGGCUGGUGGAGUAAAAGCUUUAGUUGAUCUUAUUUUCAAGUGGUCAUCUGGCGGAGAUGGAGUUCUGGAACGUGCAGCUGGUGCUUUGGCUAAUUUGGCAGCUGAUGACAAGUGUAGCAUGGAGGUUGCACUUGCUGGCGGUGUUCAUGCUUUGGUAAUGCUCGCCCGUAAUUGCAAGUUUGAAGGUGUCCAAGAGCAGGCUGCUCGUGCAUUAGCUAACCUAGCUGCUCAUGGAGAUAGUAAUACAAAUAAUGCUGCAGUUGGUCAAGAAGCAGGUGCCCUGGAGGCACUUGUUCAACUCACUCGUUCUCCUCACGAAGGUGUCAGGCAGGAAGCAGCUGGGGCGUUAUGGAACUUAUCAUUCGAUGACAGAAAUCGAGAAGCAAUUGCUGCUGCUGGUGGGGUUGAGGCUUUGGUUGCUCUUGCACAAUCCUGUUCAAAUGCCUCACCUGGUCUUCAGGAGAGGGCUGCUGGAGCACUCUGGGGAUUGUCUGUAUCAGAAGUCAAUAGCAUUGCUAUUGGAAGAGAAGGAGGUGUUGCACCUUUGAUAGCACUCGCACGAUCUGAUGCUGAGGAUGUUCAUGAAACUGCUGCUGGUGCUCUCUGGAAUCUUGCUUUCACCCCUGGUAAUGCUCUCAGAAUAGUGGAGGAAGGGGGUGUACCAGCACUUGUUAAUCUUUGUUCCACAUCUGUAUCAAAGAUGGCAAGGUUCAUGGCUGCUUUGGCAUUGGCAUACAUGUUUGACGGGAGAAUGGAUGAGUUCGCAUUGGUAGGAACUGCUUCCGAAGGCAUGUCAAAGAGCAUGAGCUUAGAGGGGGCUAGGAGAUUGGCAUUGAAACAUAUUGAGGCAUUUGUGCUUACAUUCUCGGAUCAGCAGGCAUUUGCUGUUGCGGCAGCAUCAUCAGCUCCUGCAGCAUUGGCACAGGUAACAGAGAGGGCUCGUAUUCAAGAAGCUGGCCAUCUAAGAUGCAGCGGAGCUGAAAUCGGGAGAUUUGUUACCAUGUUGCGGAACCCAUCUUCCAUACUUAAAGCCUGUGCUGCAUUUGCUCUUCUUCAGUUCACUAUUCCUGGUGGAAGGCAUGCGAUACACCAUGCAAGCUUGAUGCAAAACACAGGAGCAGCAAGAGUCCUGCGUGCUGCGGCAGCAGCAGCAACUGCACCACUGGAGGCGAAAAUAUUUGCCAGAAUUGUGCUGCGGAAUCUUGAACACCACCAGACAGAACCUUAAAAGACUAUGCAAGAUGGUAAUCCCAGUACAAGAAUUUGCAGUCCCCGUUUGAGGUCUCCGAGCGGAGACCAUUUUAAGGUCAGAGCUGCUCUUCCUACUAAUGACGAUAUAAUAGAAAGAAGUGCAUGCAUAUGUAGAUGCCACCUGGUUGCUGCGUGGGGAAAGAAUACGAAGGUGGAAAGGAAGGAAUGUGUUUAUUUCAUUUUAUUUAGUUACAUGAUUAUUUGGAGGUGUGUUCUUUAGGCGGAGUUUGAGUCGUAGUUUCUUGCUCCUUCUGUAACAUCAUAAGGACGAGUCUCCCGUCCCAACGGGGGAAAUGUAAUAGGGAGCAUAGGUGAAGUUGCGGGACAUAAAGAAAAAGGGUAAUCCUAGUUGAGGAUUGUUUCUGUAGAGCCAAGUACAUAACAUUUGUAUGCCAUCUAGAAAUCUGUAUUUCAUUAGGACAGCUCCUUGUUGAAUCUCUUGGAAAUUGUUUGAUGGCACGAAUAAGGGCUUGGCCUAGUGGUAAUACUACUAGUUUAGGACUUCCGAAUCU